CGCUUGCACGAUUUCUACUGAACUUUUAUUUCCUUGCAAAUUUGACGAAGGGAAUACAAUCGUUUAGAAUGCUCGGCUGGAUCAAAUCUUUUGGGCUCCUCCUCCUCCUGGCGUCUGUCGCCCACGCCCAAUUCCAGUUCUUCGAGCAUAUGUUUGGCGGCGGCGGGGGCGGCGGCCAUCAACAUCAGGCUCCGCAAAAUGUCCCUAGCGAUAGUUCUCGGUAUCAGAACCAAUGGGAGUCAGCUCACUGCGAUCGCUACCUGUGCCCCGGAACCCUAGCAUGCGUCCACUUCCCCCACCACUGUCCAUGCCCGCAUCCCAAUGUCGAAGAGAAGAUUGAGCUAGGAGAAGGGAGUGCUGUCUGCGUCUCUAAGGGAGGGUUCAAGGCCGGCGAAGCUGCGCGCAAGGUUGAACUGGCGCGCAAGGGUCUUUUGUGAUUGUAUGCGGGAUAUCGGUGGAUUGCUGCAUUCUGUUGGACUAGGUGACGGGCACUGAGUAUGUACUGGGGCCUUUCGCAGAUCGAGAACAGGAUGUCAACGCUGCUUCCCUUGACUUUCAGGAAGCAUUUUGGUCAAAAGAGAGCGAACGUCUAAUAACUGUGCGAUAUGGCCAUCAAUACCUUCAACAACUCUGCCUUCAAUGCUCAAUGGAAACAAUGUGACAUCUACGUCUCCCCACCCCUAUGUCAGUUCAGUGCAAUCGAUGCUCAGGACAGUCCACUAUGAUAACACAUCCAACUGUUAUGACCCAGGAAUGAUAUAGGCUCUUGGGUUGCUGAUGGCGCAUAAUGUACUGCGCUUGCGAGAGGAUCUAGCGACGAUCGACAAGUGGGUAAGAUGCUUAUUCGAGAACUCAGGCACAAGUAUAUUGUUCCAACACAGUUAGGAUGCCUUGGCUACAACCAAUCACAAUCUAAAAUAAUCUCGGAC